AUUUCCAUACCGCGAAAGGUUGUACAUGGAAGCCGUGUCUCCGGAACCGGCCGCGGGUGUCUGGCUGGCUCGAAUUCCAAUCUGUUUCGAUCUCCUGCCGAGAAACAGGUAGCCUAUAGGCAAGUGGCUGAGACCGAUUUUACCUGGGCACCACCAGCGGGUUCACUGCCUUUCUGAACUAGACUAGUCUACUUUUGUUUACAGUUGAUACAUGUAGCCUAGGCUACUUGUCCUCAACGGUUUAAAAAAACGGAUUUGUUGAAUGUUCGGUGUCGCGAUUGCAGCAUGGCAAAUCAAUUAGGCUACUUGUAUGUAGGGUAUUUCAAUUUAACGUAGGCUACAUCUGUGUGAAUUAUGCUACGUUUUUCAUAGGCUAAGUGGAAGAUAAAUGUUGAUGUCAUUACAAUUUGGAUUGGUCGUUUUAUUUUAAUAGCAUAUUUUAUUGGUUGCUAUCGUUCGGACAUUUAUGCUACCCGAGCAUAAUCUGAGAUCUUUAUUUUGCGGUUGGAUGGUGUUUUGAAGGGUGUAGCCUAUUACAAUUAGCCAGGUGGACAUCUGCUCGCUUUUGUGCAACAGCAGUAGGCUAGUUCGUGGGAGAAUAGUGAAUAACGUUAUUAUCAUCACAAAGACAUCUGCAGGGCACGCACACCCGGCACAGACCAACCGCAACAAUUAGUCUCUAAUAAGGGAAACAGACGACGCUCUCGACAUUGAAAGGACAGAUGCAAUGAUAGCAAAGGACUCGACGAUUCAAACUCCUUGAAAGGUGCAUGAUCUGCUUUGGCCAGUCUACCUUUUUCCGCUUCAACCACCCCGAAGAGGCUCUCAGGAUGAAAAGCAUGUUGGGAAUAGGAGACCAGGGUCCCAACGGCAAACACAGGCUCCAUACAGACUCCGAUAGCCUGGUCAAUGGGAACCACCAGACAGGACUGGCUGAGACGCAACCAGCUGCCUACAGCAGAGACCCCCGCCCUGAGCACCGCGCCCUGGUCAGCUCCAUAGAGAAGGACCUGCAGGACAUCAUGGACUCGCUGGUGAUGGACGACUCCCAGGCCUCCUCGUCCUCCGAAUCCCGGAAACCCGCGGGCCACCCCAUCCCCCACUCCCCGGGCUCCCCCGUGGUGAACGGGGGCGGCGGGUACCUCCUGACCCCGCCCACCAGCCCGGGGGCCAUGUCUGUGGGCUCCAGCUACGAGAACGCCUCGCCGCCCUUCUCCCCGCUCUCCUCCCCGUCGGCGGCCAGCAGCGGCAGCUACACCAGCCCGUCUCCGGCCAGCUGCGGGGACCCGGGCCUGGCUCUGCCCCCGGUGCCCGCCCGCUCGUCCAGCUACAACUACGCGGCCCAGCCCCGCGCCCCGCUGCCCGGCUACGCGGCCGGCAACGGCGGGCAGAAGGUUCCGGAAAGCCCCCGCGUUCAGAGGAAGGGCCUCCUGGAAACGCCCGGGAGCCUGGGCCAGGUGUGCCGGGGCGCGGGUCCGGACUGCGCCGGGGGGAGGGGCUCGGACAGUCCCAGGCCGUCGGUCUCGGUGUCUGUCCCCGCGGGGGACGUGGCCUCCUCGCGGAGCCCCAGGUCCACCCCCAAAUUCCCCGCCGCGUCCCCCUCCCCGGUGCACUCCGGCCCCAGGGCGAAAGCGGGCCUCCAGGAGCGCCCGUCCAGUCCCUUCCGGGACCCGGGCCCUGUGGACCGCUCCCUGGCCUCCAGCCCCUCCCGACAGCUCUCCCAGGCCCCGCGGGCCUUCCAGCCCCCCCUGGACCCCAUCGUCCACAUCGUCCAGGGCGGGUGCCUUCCCCAGCAGCCUGCGGCGCGGUCGCUGCAGCCCCCGGAGAGCCCCCGGCUGGCCCGCAGGGGCCAGGAGGCGGGCGGCAGCAUGCGGGAGCUCCCCCCCCUCAGCCCCUCCAUGUCCCGCCGGGGCGUGCCCGUGCUCCCCGGGGCCCUGCCCGGGACCUCGCCCACGGCCCCGCGGGCGGCCGACAGACCCCCGGGCAAGCUGGUCCCCGAGAGCCCGCGGCUCAGGCGCAGGGCGGGCUCCCCGCUGGACGAGGCGUUCGGGGGGCGGGGCGUCCGCGCCCGCAGCCCCUCCCCCACCUCGGGGCUGCUCUCGGACAACGGCGGCGGCGGCCGCAAGGCCGGGUACGGGAACGCCCUGUCCCCCGCCUACAGCCUGGGCUCGCUCUCCAGCUCGUCCCCCCUUUCCAGCCCCCGGGGCCACAGGAAGCUGCCGGGCGGCUCCGGGGAGCCCCGGCACGGCCACCCCGGCAUGCGGGAGCGCAAGAACAGCAUCACGGAGAUCAGCGACAACGAGGACGAGCUGCUGGAGUAUCACCGGCGGCAACGCGAGGAGCGUCUGAGGGAGCAGGAGAUGGAGCGGCUGGAGCGACAGAGGCUGGAGACCAUCCUGAGUCUGUGUGCGGAGUACAACAAGGGCGACGUUCCCGGCGGGGGCGAGGCUGGCCGCAUGGGCUUCCCCGGGACGGGCCGGGGAGAGGGCGGGGGCCGGAGGGCGGGCGCGGAGACCGCGGGCGCCUCCGUCUCCCUCCGCGGGCCGCAGAGACAGAGGGAGAGCGACGAGGAGAACCUGAAGGAGGAGUGCAGCAGCACCGAGAGCACGCAUCAGGAGCACGAGGACUCAUCUGGCCCUGUCGCCGGGCAACAGGAGCUGAGCUAUCUGGAGGAGGAGCGGGUGAGGGUCCUGGCCCGGGUGGACGAGCUGAAGACCCGCGUCACAGAGCUGGAGCAGCAGGCGCAGGAGUCACGUCAGGAGGCGGAGAUGGAGCGGGCGCUGCUGCAGGGAGAGAGGCAGGCCGAGCUGGAGCAGAUGGAGGCCGAGGUGGAAAUCAUCACACAACUACAGGACAAGCUCAGCGAGCUGGAGUGCGCCUUCCAGAGGAAGAAAGACAAGGAGAGAGCAAAGGUGGUGGGCGAGCGGGAGGCCCUGGCACGGCUCCUGGAUGGGUCCAAUGAGCUGAGGAGCCAGCUGCACAACUGCCCAGAAUCCCUGAGGGAGCAGUUACAGGACCAGCUCAAAAGGGAGGUGGAGGCACUGGAGUCUGCCACUAAGCGCUUUGAGGACCUGGAGUUCCAGCAGCUGGAGAAAGAGAGCAGCCUGGAGGAGGAGAGGGAGACCAUGAGCCAGCAGCUGCUGCAGGAGCGGGCCGAGUACCUCAGCAGUGUGUCCAAGAGGAAGGAGAAAGUGGCAGCCCUGGAGACCCAGGCCAACCAGCUGGGAUUACAGGCGUCCCAGGAGCGUGAGAGACUGGCCAAGGACAGGAACCUAACCCUGCAGCUGCUCUACAAGGAAAAGGAGAGGCUGGCUGCCCUGGAGAAGAGAUACCUUAGCCUAACUGGGGGGAGAGGCUUCCCCAAGAGCACCACCACUAUGAAGGAGGGUACUCUUCACAUCAGCGAGCCUGAUCUGCUAGAGGACUCCAUUACCCAGAGUCCCCUCUGCCGACCCACUGCUUCCUAUUUACAUGCUCCCUCCCCUCAGAUAUGUCCCGUCAACCCUGAAGAGGAAUACGUCACUGUCAGCCAAUUAAACCAGAUCUUCGGGAUGCCGAAGGUCGACCCCUCCCCCACCUCUCCCGUUCAGUCAUUCCAGUCUGUAGUUGCAGACUCCGCCUUCUCCUGCCACACCACACCACAUGGCUCCUCCCUAUCUCUCUCAGUUGAGCCUGACUGGACUAGGCCUCAGAUCCCCGCAGUGGAUUUAGAGCGCUGGUACCAGGAGGUCAUGGAGGCUGGCCAGCCCUGCCCUCCCCCUCUCCCAGCUAAAUCUCUCUCAGGCCGCCGGCCGGCACAGGUGUUCCGCUCCAGACUGGACAGCGAUGGCGGGCAGACGGGGCUCCGUUCCAAGGCCAGUGUCGGGUCUUCUCCUCAGUACAGCACGGCAACGCUGGGCCGGAACACGCCAUCCAAGAGUCCCCUGAUGAACCACAGCAACACAGGCAGUCUGCCCCGAAACCUGGCAGCCACCCUGCAGGACAUUGAGACCAAAAGGCAGCUGGCACUGCAGCAGAAAGAGUCCUCGUCCCCAGUGUUUGAGCGUUGCCGCAGCAACAGCAGCCCUGCAGGUCAGCAGGUCAUUGAGGAGCAGCGCCGGCGGCUGGCGGACCUCAAGCAGAAGGCCGCGGUGGAGGCGCACAGCCAGUGGGAGGCGCUGCACGGCUCCCAGACCCAGCUUCACGCCCCCUUCCCGUCCACCGGCCCUCCCAUGGUGCAUCACUCCAUCCUGCACCACCAGCCGCCCGCCUCCGGGGAGCGCCCCUACGACACCCUCAGCCUGGAGAGCUCCGACAGCAUGGACACCAGCGUUUCCACCGGAAACAACUCCGCCUGUUCCCCUGACAACAUGUCCAGCGCCAGCGGGAUGGACGCCCUGAAGCUGGAGGAAAUGGAGAGGAUGCUGAAGGAGGCUCAGCUGGAGAAGGCCCGGCUGAUCGAGUGUCGAGUGAGUCUGAACCUGACAGAGAAGGAGGCGCACGCCCGCAAGCAGAUGCUGGAGGAGGAGCGUCGGAGGCGCGAGGAGGCGGAGAAGCGGCUGCAGGAGGAGACCGUGCACCGGGAGCGUCUGGUGGAGAAGGAGGUGAAAAUGCGGGAGAAGCACUUCUCUCAGGCCCGUCCCAUGACGCGCUACCUGCCCAUUCGGAAGGAGGAGUUUGACCUGCGCGCUCACAUCGAGUCGUCUGGCCACAGUGUGGACACCUGCUUCCAUGUGAUCCUGACAGAGAAGAUGUGUAAGGGCUACCUAGUGAAGAUGGGCGGGAAGAUCAAGUCGUGGAAGAAGCGCUGGUUCGUCUUUGAUCGCCUCAAGCGGACGUUCUCCUAUUACGUAGAUAAACACGAGACCAAGCUGAAAGGAGUAAUCUAUUUCCAGGCUAUUGAGGAAGUUUACUAUGACCACCUGCGCAGUGCAACAAAGAAAGGAUUUUUCAACCUGAAAUUGGUCAAUAAACUCUCUGAGCUCCUGCCUGUUCAGUUUCAGAGAGAGAGUCCAAACCCCUCUCUGACCUUCUGUGUGAAGACGCACGACCGACUCUACUACAUGGUGGCACCCUCGCCAGAAGCCAUGAGGGUCUGGAUGGACGUCAUAGUAACGGGAGCUGAGGGCUACACACAAUUUAUGAACUGAAAGAAAACACUCCUGAGUGGACAAUAAGAGACGAGACUGUCAGAUGACUCGUGGCCCCAUGAUCUAUGGCCUACAGUACAGGAAACUCAAGGUUUUUGGGAAAUACAGCCUUUAUAUUUAGUCAGUUUUAUAUCUUUUUUUAUCAUUUAUCUGUGAUUUUUUUAACCUGUUUUCUGCUUGGAUCAAAAAGGGAGUUCUGGAAGACAGAAGAAAAACAGUGAUUGAAAACCUUUUGACUGAUGGUUUUGUGGCCCUGUUGCAAUUGCCAAUGUAGAUUUUAUCUGAGCAACAGUCCUUUACUAACAAGGACUGAUUUCUAAAUAACAGUAUUUUUUGGUUUGAGUUUUAAUAAUUUAAAUGUUUUUUGACACGUAAAACUAAGAUCUAGCAAAAAUAUAAACUGGCAGUGCAUUGGGAGAUACAUUUUUUAAAACAUAUCUAUGGUGCCAUUUGUAAACAGUACAGGAAAUGUACAUCAUUCUGACUGUAAUCAACGCUUUUUAAUCUUUCGUAUUGAUUUUUUUAUUAUUAUUUUUUACUGGAGAACACGCGUUAUGGCAUAUUAGAAACAAGGACGAUGAAAUCCUUCAAAGUAAGAACUUCUCAGGAAGGAGUCCAUUUCCCAUUUUAGUUUUUAAAACUGGCACCCGUGGGAAAAGCAUGAUUAAUAGUUCACUGUGUCAAUGUGAAUUUUAAUAACAGUGUCAGGUGAAAACACACAAUGUGUACAGGUACACAAUAAAGAAGCACCAAAAAAACUCCACCCCAAAAAAAUAAAAAAUAAAAAUAUUUUUUUUAUUUUUUACCCGUCACCUCAAACACUGCCGGGACUGCUCCUUCAGGGGGCUGAUGGGGAACAGUAAAGUAUGUGGACAUUGUUCUGAUUAGCUGAACUCAGAAAGGCAAAUGUUCCUCUUUGAAAAUAUUCUUUAUGUUGAUGUGCCUUUUGUAUGUAUUUGUUUACCCCAGGGAUUUAAUUGUGGAACUUUGUUGAAAUGCUUGCUGGAGUUACACAUAUUAUCCGUGUGUAUGUUCAGUAGUACUUAAAAAAAAAAAAAAAAAAAAACCUUUCUCAGUGACUCUUGGCUGAGGUUUGCACAGGGUCCUCUUCUUGACUGAAAUAUGUAUUGACUGAAAUAUUCUGAAUUCUGUCUACUGCUAAAUAGCGGUGCAAUACUGGAGGAAUGAGCUGCAGCAACAGGCUUAGCCAUCACCUAAUUUAGCCGAAUCUUAUCAUGUCUCUGUAAAGUUAAUUCAAAGAUUUCAUGUAUUCUCUGUGAGUCUUUGUGUUAUGGUUGAGCAGAAGAUAUGAACACCACUGACUGACAAAAAAAACCAACCAAUAAGGAAAAUCCUCACGCUGCCAGGCUCCUCACAGUGAACAGGCUAACCUGUUUGUCUCUGCUACACCAGUCCCCAUGCGUGUGAAUAAAACAUUACUUAUAACUUCACAAAAA